ACUGUGCGCAUCAUCAGAAAAAUUGGUCCAUGAAUUAUUCUUAUUUUGCCUUUAGCUACAGUGGUGAGAAUACCGCCCAAAGUUCCCAGUUCCGGCAUUCCCAGCGCUCUCGCCCCACCAUUACGCCCUGGAACGGGAGCGUGGCGGGUGCCCCCCCGCCAUCCAUCAUCAGCCACAACCUUCGCAUGGAAUCGAGGUUCGGCGCCCUGCUAUGAUAUCUUGUCCUCGACAGGACCUACACCUGCCUCGCCUCCACCUACAACCUGAUCCAUCCCGACAAGGCGGGUCAGCGUCCGAAAAUGACAUCGACAGUACCGCGACCGGGCCCCGCGAACCUGGGGCCCAAUUCAGGCCUCGAUGAAUGGCUCGAGGAGGCCAAGCAGUGUCACUACCUGCCCGAACGGGUGAUGAAGGAGCUAUGCGAGAAGGUCAAGGAGAUUUUGAUGGAGGAAUCCAACAUCCAGCCCGUCUCGACACCGGUUACAGUCUGCGGCGAUAUUCACGGCCAAUUCUACGAUCUACUCGAGCUCUUCCGCGUGGCGGGCGGCAUGCCAGGCGAAUCCAACGUCCAGGCCCCCAAGACCGCGACGACGGUAAUCACCUCGGACGAUAUCGAGCCGCCGACCGAAAUCACAAACCCCAAAUUGCGGAAGAAGCUACGGUCGUCAGGAGACCCACCGGGCGCGACAGACGUCGAGGGCGAGGACGAGGAGCGGCCGCAAACCGCCGACUCUGGCGUGGGCGUCACAUCUUCACAGAGUGCAGACACGCGGUUUGUGUUUCUGGGCGACUUUGUGGACCGCGGCUACUUCAGCUUGGAGACGUUUACGCUCCUCAUGUGCCUCAAGGCAAAAUACCCUGAUCGGAUUGUGCUCGUCCGCGGCAACCACGAGUCUAGGCAGAUUACACAAGUCUACGGAUUCUACGAAGAAUGUCAACAAAAGUACGGCAACGCCUCCGUCUGGAAAGCAUGUUGUCACGUGUUCGAUUUCCUGGUGCUGGCGGCCAUUGUGGAUGGGGAAGUACUGUGUGUGCACGGCGGGUUAAGUCCCGAGAUUCGAACGAUUGACCAGAUCCGUGUCGUCGCGCGCGCGCAGGAGAUCCCGCACGAGGGCGCGUUCUGUGACCUGGUGUGGUCCGACCCCGAAGAUGUCGAGACGUGGGCUAUCAGCCCGCGCGGCGCAGGGUGGCUGUUUGGCGACCAGGUGGCCAAGGAAUUCAACUACGUGAACGACCUGAAGCUGAUAGCGAGAGCCCAUCAGUUGGUGAAUGAAGGAUACAAGUACCACUUCCCAGAGAACUCGGUCGUGACCGUUUGGUCGGCGCCCAACUACUGUUACCGAUGCGGCAACGUCGCGUCCAUCAUGUCUGUGGACAAGGACCUCAGCCCCCGCUUCAGCAUCUUUUCCGCGGUGCCAGACGACCAGAGACACUUGCCGGCGAGUAGGAGAGGGCCGAGCGACUACUUCCUGUGAGCGUGUUCUGGUCGCGGGCCUUGGCGGGCCAUUGGAUUUGUUGUUGCCUUUCUUCUGCAUGUAGACUAGUAUAGGGCCACGAUACCCCUUGAUGUCUGAAACGAUGGAACAGGACGGGUACGCACGGGUUGUUUGGGUAAUGAAGUACAUGAUUGUCAUACUGAGGUUGAGACGUGAGACUGCUGAAAUGUGACUCCACAUCCGCAAC